AUGUUACAGAGCAUUCACUGGCAAGGGAAGCCCAAGGCAAUGGAGGAGAGAGAAAUAAUUGAAGGCCUAUAUGCAUUGCCUCCCCCUCCAUCUUUGACUGUUGCAAUUGCUAUUACUGGAAAUAGAAAGAGUAAAUAUAUAGUUAAGUGGGCAUUAGACAAAUUUGUUCCCGAGGGGAAGCUUAUGUUCAAGUUGCUACAUGUCCGCCCUAAGAUAACUAAGGUUCCAACGCCAAUGGGAAAUUCCCUUCCCCUUUCGCAAGUGCGAGAUGAUAUUGUAGCUGCUUACAAGAAAGAAGUGGAAUGGCAAAUGAGCAAAAAGCUUCUUCCUUACAAGAAGAUGUGUGCUCAAACAAAGGUGCAAGUAGAAGUUGUACAAAUUGAAUCAGAUGAUGUCAUAGAUGCGAUAGCGAGUGAGGUUGCCAAAUGUAAUAUUACCAAGCUUGUUAUAGGAACUUCAUCCCGGAGAUUGUUUUCAAGGGGACAAAGUUUGUCCUCAAGAAUAUCCGAGUGCACUCCAAGCUUUUGUACGGUGUAUGCUAUUUCAAAGGGCAAAUUGUCAUCCGUGCGUCCAUCUGAUUCAGAGAUAACUGGAAGCAUUAAAGAUGACAGUAGUGACACAAGUUCUUCUACCAGCAAUCCUAUAAAUUGCACUUCCACUUCACAAACAGAGUGGACAGGCCCAAGCUCAGCUGCUUCUUAUUCUCUUUUUUCCUCUACAUCACUACCGAUUCAGCGGUUUCAAUCACUUUCAAUCAUUAAUAAUACCCUUUCUCAUAGAAGAACAAUUUCAAACGAUGCCAAUCAUUCUAGAAGCCUGUCUCUGGAUACUGUGGAAUGGGAGAGCAUUGCCGCUGUGAGUUCUUGUCCAAGUAAUUCAGAUGCAGGCUUUACAAAUACUCGGGCUUCUAGUUUCAGAUGCCAGAUAAGAGACCACCCGUCCAGGAUAUCUGAUCAAGCAUCUACCUCAGCUGUUCCCUCAGAUUUUUCCUCUGAAAACCAGGACAAUAUCAAUUUUGAGCUCGAAAAACUAAGAAUUGAACUGAGACAUGCUCGAGGAAUGUAUGCAAUAGCUCAAAGUGAGACAAUUGAUGCUUCUAGAAAGCUAAAUGAUCUUGAAAAGUGCCGACUGGAGGAGUCAAUUAAGCUCAAGGAGUUGAACCUAAAGGAGGAGGAAGCGAAAGAAUUAGGUCAACAAGAGAAGGAUGGAUAUGAAUCGGUGAAAAGAGAAGCCAAGUAUGUUAAGGAAUGUGCUGAAAGAGAAGCUGCACAAAGGAAAGAAGCAGAAGCUAAGGCCUCACAUGAGGCCAAAGAGAAAGAUAAGCUUGAGAAUGCCAUUGUAGGCCCAGUGCAGCAGUACAAGAAGUUUACAUGGGAAGAGAUCGUGUCUGCUACCUCAUCAUUUUCCGAGAAUCUUAGAAUUGGAAUGGGAGCAUAUGGGACUGUCUAUAAGUGCAGUUUUCAUCAUACAACUGCUGCAGUAAAGGUCCUCCACUCUAAAGAGGCUCACAGGACCAAGCAAUUUCAGCAGGAGCUUGAAGUCUUGAGCAAAAUUCAUCAUCCGCAUUUGCUAAUUCUGCUUGGUGCAUGUUCUGAUCAUGGUUGCCUAGUUUAUGAGUACAUGGAGAAUGGUAACUUGGAAGAGAGGCUGCUCCAAAAAAAUAAUACACCUCCAAUCCCAUGGUUUGAGAGAUAUCGAAUUGCUUGGGAAGUAGCCUCAGCCAUGGUCUUUCUUCAUAACUCAAAGCCAGAACCAAUCAUCCAUCGUGAUCUAAAACCAGCAAACAUAUUGCUUGAUCGCAACUUCGUGAGCAAGAUUGGUGAUGUUGGCCUUUCGACAAUGCUUCAUUCAGAAAAUGCUUCCAUAUCAACCACAUACAAGGACACAGGCCCUGUUGGAACGCUCUGCUAUAUAGAUCCCGAGUAUCAAAGGUCUGGAUUAAUCUCUCCAAAGUCUGAUGUUUAUGCUUUUGGCAUGGUGAUUUUGCAAUUGCUAACUGCAAAACCAGCCAUAGCAUUAACCCAUGUGGUGGAAACAGCAAUUGAUCAUGGUGAUCUAGUGGAGGUACUGGAUCCAGAGGCUGGGAAUUGGCCAAUUGAGGAGACAAAGGAGUUGGCUAUGCUGGGCCUGAGCUGUUCAGAGCUUCGUCGUAGAGACAGACCUGAUAUGAAAGAUCAAGUUCUACCUGCAUUGGAGAGAUUGAAAGAAGUGGCAGAUAAGGCUCGAGAUUUGGCAUCCAGUGCUCCUCAGACACCUCCUAACCACUUCAUUUGUCCCAUACUCAAGGAUAUAAUGGAUGACCCUUGUGUUGCGGCGGAUGGUUACACAUAUGACCGUAAGGCCAUGGAGAUAUGGUUCGAGGAGAAUGAUAAGUCACCAAUGAAAGAUGUACCAUUGCCAAAUAAGAGCCUAGUACCAAAUUACACACUUCUUUCUGCAAUUCUGGACUGGAAGUCAGGAAAGCAUUGAAAAUCCUGUACUUGUGCCCUUGUCUCUUUCAGAUUUCCUUGCAAGAUCUAUACUCCAUGUACAUGCAUUUGAUAACCUUAGAUGCUAGCACAGUGUAAAACCCGGAAAAAAAAAUUAUUAUUAUUAUUAAAAAUUCUAAUUAAAG